AGCUCUCUGCCUCGAAACUCCUCCCCCAUUAUUCCCGAGAUCCAGUCGCACGCUAUCGCGCUGCCUGGUCCCUCUCCUGCAUUUUUAUUGUUUUGCCUUCAUGUAUUCGUACGUCCUCGAGGCAGAAUAAUUCUUCACACAUGGCGACCGCUGCGCAGAAGCGCAUCAACCUAGUGGUCUCGAGGAUCAUUCCGCCCGUCCUCCUCGGCGCGGUCGUUUACGCUUCUUACGCCAUUACGAAGACAUUAUGCGUUGACUAUCUCAUCCAUCCACUACCUUCCUAUCAUCACAGUCCUCGAGUCGGUGCUGGCGCCGUCAUCGUCGCCCUCUAUUAUCUUCUCUUAAUACCCGUCGUCUCGACAUACAUUCGACUUCUUUUUAAUGUCUUAGUCAACCCAGGCUACCUGCCGCUCGGUGCUGAACGCUUGCGCGCCGAGGCCAAGUCGGAAGAUCCCAAGCAUAAGCACGGAAAGCGCCGGCGUCGUAAGAGCAGAUCGCGAACCCGCGAUGCGGAGAAGAACGAUAAACCAGCCUCGGAUGUAGACGUGGACCUGGAGCGUGGCAUAAACAAUCAUGCUGGAGGCAAGGCUUACCAACUUGAUCCUUUCGGGCUGGAGAGCUUCUAUACCAAAGACGUUUUUGUCUGCCAGGAGGAUGGCCGGCCACCAUACUGUUCAACCUGCUGCCAGUUCAAGACUGACCGAGCGCAUCAUUGUCGGGAAGUUGAUCGAUGUACGCGAAAAAUGGAUCAUUUCUGUCCUUGGGUGGGAGGUGUGGUGUCUGAGACAUCGUUCAAGUUCUUCAUCCAAUUUGUUGUGUACACUGCCAUCUUUUGUGGAUAUCUCCUGAUCGUCUCUGCAUAUUACACGGCGGAGAUUCGGCGCAACACCGGAGGCGCCAACCCCCACUGGGCAGUCUGUAUUGGACUGAGCGCUAUGUUUGCCUUCUUCGCUGGGGGAAUGUCCCUCAGCUCCAUCCAACUGGCCAUGCUGAAUCUCACCACUAUUGAAAACAUCAACCGGCACUCCGUCGUCUGGACUCUCGCCAUUCGAGUCCCGGAUCACAUGCUGGACCGACUAUGGGCCACCGAGUCCCCAUGGGCACCCACCUUCCGCAUGGUCUCCUACCCCCUCCAACCACCCACAUCACCGUCCGAGCCCCAAACGACCAGCCCAUCACCAGAGGAGCGCCACGUCUUCGCCAUCCUCCAUACUCUCCCAGGCGAAAAUCCCUUCAGCCUCGGCAGCAACCUCAAGAACCUGCAACAGGUCAUGGGCCACAGCAUAAUCGACUGGCUCAUCCCACUCAAACACAGCCCAUGCGCCGACCACAGUAGCUCCGAGAGUGCAUUUGCCCUGGGCCCCGUUGUAACUCGACUAAAGCAGGAAGCCGGUCUGGUUCCGGCCCCCGCGCCAGUGUCUGGGAAUGGGGCUGUUUCAAGGCCCCCAUCUGCGCAUACAACGCGUAGCCGCCGCGGUAAAGAUAGAUCGUGAUCUGCGUUGGGAUCCAGAAAUAGAAUUAUCAUUACACUUUAUGAUAUUACACAUGAUGACUUCGUUCGAAUGCCUGUAGAAUGAUAUGUACCAUUGGAAAAUCUCGGCCCCACUGUCGUCAUGCGCGACACCCAGAGCUUUGCCACCCAUGCAGGACAAUCUGGCCCCAUGAAUAGGGCUGAGACUUGCUCAGGGGGCCGGCUUUUGUACAGAAUUAUCUUUAGG